CAGGUGCUGUACCCAGUCCAGACUGGUGGCUCUGUGGUGGCUGGGAUGGUGCCUCGUUCAGCAGAUGUGGGCUAUCUGGUGACUAAAGUGGUGGCUGUUGAUGUGGACUCUGGGCAGAAUGCCUGGCUCUCCUAUAAACUGCAGAAAGCCACAGACAGGGCGCUGUUUGAAGUGGGCUUACAGAAUGGAGAAAUCAGAACUAUCCGUCAAGUGACUGAUAAAGAUGCUGUGAAACAAAGACUGACUGUUAUAGUGGAGGACAACGGGCAGCCCUCUCGUUCAGCUACAGUCAUUGUGAACGUGGCGGUGGCGGACAGCUUCCCUGAAGUGCUGUCUGAGUUCACUGACUUUACACAGGACAAGGAGUACAACGACAACCUGACUUUUUACUUAGUGUUGGCUUUGGCUGUAGUUUCCUUCCUCUUCAUCACGUGUUUGGUGGUUAUUAUAUCAGUAAAGAUCUACAGAUGGAGACAGUCUCGCAUCCU